AGAAAACCUAUCGAACAUCGUUUUUAAGAACAUUAUAUAUACAUCAAAAACACGCACAAUCUCUCUCUUAUUAUAUUUUUUAUUUAAGCCAUGUUCCAAAAACUGCAAGUUGUUGAAAAGGGGAAGGACUUCGAGCGUUGCACGAAGAUCAACUCGUACCCAAUUCCAGACCAUGUCGAGGAGGGCUACGUGCUGGUGCGCAACCACUACGCCGGGGUCAACGCCACCGACCUCACCUCCACGCAAAACGUAUAUGGGCCGCAGUAUACGGUGCCUUACGACUUCGGCCUCGAGGCCGUCGGCGAGGUGGUGCUGCUCGGCGAGGGCGUGCAGCACCUCACCGUCGGGGACCCGGUGGCCGUUUACUGGCCUGGCGGCUACGCGGAGUACCAAGUAGCGCCCGCCACGGUGUGCCAACGCAUUCCUCGGCUUGACCCGAUCUACUUGACUGUAAAUGUAAGUGGACUGACGGCCGCCGUCGCCCUUGGCGAAGUCGCCCAGCCGAAGCCGUCCGAUACGGCGCUCGUCACGGCCGCGGCGGGUGGCACCGGCAGCAUUGCGGUGCAGCUCCUCAAGAAGAAGUACAAGUGCAAGUGUGUGGUGGGCACCUGCAGUACGCCAGAGAAGGCGGACUACCUGGUCAGCAUCGGCUGUGACAAGGUGAUCAACUACAAAGUUUCAGAGGAAGAACUGGCAGCUGAGAUGGAUCGUGCCGCCCCGCACGGCUUCGAUGUAGUGUACGAGUGCGUCGGCGGUACGCUGCAACGACUUGCGGUGCAACACCUCGCCGUGCGUGGCCGCAUCGUGUUUAUUGGUGGAAUCAGCGGCUACGCGGACGGCACCGCGUGGCAAUGCUCUACGGACACAGUGGAUGAGCGCAGCACGGAAUAUGCGAUGCUGCACAAAAAUUUUCUGCUGCUGCGCAGUGCGUCGGCGAUGGGCUUCAUGCUGCCGACGUAUCGCGAGGUGAUCCCAACGUACUUCGCGGACCUGGUGCGUAUGCUGGACGCCGGUGAACUGCACGUGCGGCUUGACCCGAAUGGACAAAAGGAAGGGCUACAGCACGUCAAGGAGGCAGUGGACUACCUGAGCUCUGGCAAGAGUUACGGUAAAAACACGGUUCGGCUUGUUUAG